CCUUCUUGGGGACAUGUUCAGACGUGACUGAAGGCAUUAAAAAACAAGAUGUUCUCUUGAUGAGAUUGCAUUAAAUUUGUUGAAGAGAUGUUCAGUUUCCUCAAAUGACUAACUGCAGCUACAUUCUGCCUGGUCAGUCCUCCUCAGCUUCAUCUAGUCAGUUCCUUCCUCCACUUUAGCUCACGUGCUUUCCUGUUGUAAUCUGGGGUGGUCCACAGGAACCGUGCAGUUAUAAAGGUGGCCGAUGGAGGACGAGAGCGAGCUACUGCAACCCUGUGACCCCAUGGAGACAUCAGUGGACAGAGAAGACACUCAUAUCAUGUACAGUCGGACGAACCCGCUGUUUGAGUUGUCAGAGAACAGUGAUCUCUACAGUCUGCAGCCCAGUGAUCUGAAGCCGGCCAGACGCAGAAGACAGUGGUGUUUCAAUGGGAUUAUUGUCUACCUCAUCUUGCAAACAGCACUCAAUGCCUUUCUGCUCUAUAAAGUUUUCUCGCUGCAGUCCUCGCUGUCAACUUCCAGCUCAGAGACAUCAUCAGGUUACUCUCUCCUCGCUAGGCAGCAGGGCGGUGUCGAUCUUCAAUUGCUUGUCCACAACAACAGCCAGGAAGCCCAAGCACUGAAGGGCCACCUAUGGACCCUCCAGAGUCAGGUCAACAGUCUGUGUGGAGCGGAGGGUCAGCUGGACAAGAUCAGAGCCGACCUGAAAGUGUUCAACCGCAGCACCCAAAAGCUAGAGGGAAAACUUGCAAACAUCAGCAUCACACCAGGAGCUCCUGGUCCUCCUGGUACCAACGGCCUGCCGGGACAGCCAGGUCUACAAGGACCCAAAGGUGACAGUGGUGUUGUGGGUCCUCCGGGGUCAAAAGGUGACAUUGGCAUUAAAGGAGAACCAGGACCUGCUGGCCCACGUGGAGAAACUGGAGAACCUGGACCAAAGGGUGAAACGGGGCUGCCAGGGGAUCAAGGACCAGGUAUCAAGGGAGAGAAAGGAGACACUGGGGCCCCAGGCCUUCCUGGCUUAGUUGGGGCAAAAGGUGACAGCGGUGACUUUGGCCCAAAAGGAGCAGCUGGUGAAACUGGACCGAUGGGACCAAAGGGUAAUCCUGCACCUCCAGCUCUGAGAGAGAAGGUUCGUCUUGUCCCAGAUGGAUCAAGAGGCCGAGUGGAGGUGAAGUACAAUGGGAUCUGGGGCACUGUGUGUGAUGACGCUUUCGAUAGGGUUGAUGGCAAGGUGAUCUGUAAGAUGUUGGGCUUCCAAAACGUCAUUACUACAUUCACUGCCGGCGGAGGGACGGGUACAAUCUGGCUCGAUGAACUGUGGUGUCGAGGAACGGAAUCUGAUGUCUUUGACUGUCUUCACACUGGGAUUGGUGUAAAUAACUGUGAUCACAGCGAGGACGCUGGAGUCCACUGUAUCUAGAUGGACACA